GGGAGGGGCGCGGGCGCACAGAUGGGAGCAACUGAGAAGAGCGGCAAGAAGAGCCGGAGGCUGUUUUCUUCGCUGCGGCCGUGGAAGGCAACCCGGCGGCUGUGGCGGACGCGCUCGGCUUCCAAGGCGGCGCAGGCAUAAGCAAAAUUAUAACCCUGCACACUGACUUGCAUGCAAUUAUCAGAGACCGGUGCCCCUCGGCUGAGGGACUUCUCCCCCAAGACCGCUGACUGUCUGAAUGACAAAUCCAAAGUCGGGGUUGCAGAACCAGCCGGACUUUCCUGCUCCUCUGCAGCAGAGGGAGGAAGGAGAGAAUGAAAGAUUCUGAAAAUAAAGGUGCCUCGUCUCCAGACAUGGAGCCCAGCUAUGGGGGAGGUCUCUUUGACAUGGUGAAAGGAGGUGCAGGGAGGCUCUUUAGUAACCUAAAGGACAACUUGAAAGACACCCUCAAAGACACGUCUUCCAGAGUUAUACAAUCUGUUACCAGCUACACGAAGGGAGAUUUAGACUUCACUUAUGUUACCUCCAGAAUUAUUGUGAUGUCCUUUCCUCUGGACAGUGUUGACAUAGGAUUCAGAAAUCAGGUUGAUGACAUUCGAAGCUUUUUGGAUUCCAGACAUCUUGACCACUACACGGUGUACAAUCUGUCGCCCAAGUCUUAUCGAACUGCCAAGUUUCAUAGCAGGGUCUCAGAAUGCAGUUGGCCCAUCAGGCAGGCCCCCAGUCUGCACAACCUCUUUGCUGUGUGUCGGAAUAUGUAUAACUGGCUACUACAGAACCCCAAAAACGUCUGUGUUGUCCAUUGCUUGGAUGGACGGGCCGCAUCAUCAAUCCUGGUUGGCGCUAUGUUCAUUUUCUGUAAUCUCUACUCUACUCCUGGCCCAGCCGUUCGGUUACUCUACGCAAAGCGACCAGGAAUCGGACUUUCGCCAUCCCACAGGAGGUACCUGGGCUACAUGUGUGACCUCCUAGCAGACAAACCCUACCGCCCUCACUUCAAGCCUCUCACCAUUAAGUCGAUCACUGUCAGUCCAGUUCCUUUUUUCAACAAACAGAGAAAUGGAUGUCGCCCUUACUGUGAUGUACUGAUUGGAGAAACCAAAAUAUAUACAACUUGUGCAGAUUUCGAACGAAUGAAAGAAUACCGUGUCCAAGAUGGAAAAAUCUUCAUUCCCUUGAGCAUCACUGUGCAAGGAGAUGUGGUUGUUUCCAUGUAUCACUUGAGGUCAACCAUUGGAAGCCGGCUACAGGCUAAGGUGACCAACACUCAGAUAUUCCAGCUCCAGUUUCAUACUGGAUUCAUUCCACUGGACACAACAGUUUUAAAGUUCACCAAGCCUGAGUUGGAUGCAUGUGAUGUACCAGAAAAAUAUCCUCAGCUAUUUCAGGUGACUCUGGAUGUAGAACUACAGCCCCACGACAAAGUGAUAGAUUUAACCCCCCCAUGGGAACAUUACUGCACAAAAGAUGUCAACCCCAGCAUCCUCUUCUCUUCUCACCAGGAGCAUCAAGAUACUCUGGUCUUAGGAGGACAGGCUCCAAUAGACAUCCCUCCAGACAACCCCAGACAUUUUGGGCAAGGUGGCUUCUUUUCCACUCUCUGUUGGCAAGAUCAGAAAUCGGAGAAAUCAUUCUGUGAGGAAGACCACGCUGCCCUGGUGAAUCAGGAAAGCGAGCAGUCGGAUGAUGAACUUCUGACCCUUUCCAGCCCACAUGGCAAUGCCAAUGGCGACAAACCUCACGGAGCCAGGAAGCCCAGCAAAAAGCAGCAGGAGCCAGCUGCCCCUCCACCCCCUGAGGACGUGGACCUUCUGGGUCUAGAAGGGUCUGCAGUGAGUAAGAACUUCUCUUCACCGGCGGCCCCUCCCACCAAUUCCGAACUUCUGAGUGACCUGUUUGGGGGUGGAGGUGCAGCCGGCCCUGCGCGGGCUGGACAGUCAGGGGUGGACGACGUGUUUCAUCCGAGCGGACCUACAUCUACCCAGUCAACACCGCGCCGGUCCACCACCUCCACCUCCGCGUCUCCAACACUGAGAGUAGGAGAAGGUGCCACCUUUGACCCAUUCGGAGCACCUUCUAAACCAUCAGGUCAAGAUUUGCUGGGCUCUUUUCUGAACACAGCCAGUGCUUCCAGUGACCCCUUUCUUCAGCCUACGAGAAGUCCUUCACCUACAGUGCAUGCUUCUAGUACACCUGCUGUGAACAUUCAGCCAGAUGUUUCAGGAGGUUGGGACUGGAAUACUAAACCAGGAGGUUUUGGAAUGGGAAGCAAGUCAGCUGCCACCAGCCCAACAGGCUCGUUGCAUGGUACUCCCACCCAUCAAAACAAGCCCCAGACUCUGGAUCCUUUUGCCGACCUUGGGACGUUAGGUGGUUCAUCAUUUGCCAGCAAACCCUCCACACCAACUGGAUUGGGUGGAGGAUUUCCACCUCUCAGCUCGCCACAGAAAGCAUCUCCCCAGCCCAUGGGUGGAGGGUGGCAGCAGGGAGGUGGCUUCAGCUGGCAGCAGACACAGUCUAAGCCACAGUCCAGCAUGCCCCACUCCUCUCCCCAGAACCGACCCAACUACAACGUGAGCUUCUCAUCCGUGCCUGGGGGCCAGAACGAACGUGGGAAAGGAGCAGCUAACUUGGAAGGGAAACAAAAAGCAGCUGACUUUGAAGACCUACUCUCUGGUCAAGGUUUUAAUGCUCACAAAGACAAAAAGGGCCCUCGAACAAUAGCUGAGAUGAGAAAGGAGGAAAUGGCUAAGGAGAUGGAUCCUGAGAAAUUAAAGAUUCUGGAAUGGAUUGAAGGCAAAGAGAGAAAUAUCAGAGCACUUCUGUCCACGAUGCACACCAUGCUAUGGGCUGGGGAGACUAAGUGGAAACCAGUUGGCAUGGCAGACCUGGUCACACCAGAGCAGGUGAAGAAGGUGUACAGGAAGGCUGUGCUGGUGGUGCACCCAGAUAAAGCUACUGGGCAACCUUAUGAACAAUACGCAAAGAUGAUUUUCAUGGAGCUCAAUGAUGCCUGGUCUGAAUUUGAAAAUCAAGGCCAAAAGCCCUUGUAUUAAUUUAUGAGCUUUUCCAUCUCUGCUGCAGACCUGUGCUAAUGCUUAGUAUGUGUCACAGUUCUGAGGUUUUCACAGGUGAACCAAAAAACUCCAGCAACGUGUAUCCAGUACUUAACUGUUAAGUUACUCGUAAAUUAAUUCCUCAUUGAUAAGGAAUGUGGAUGUUUGUUUCCUCAGAUCCCCACCAUAAAAGGUCCAAAGCAGGAGAGGAACUUUUAGUCAAAUGGGCUUGCAGAGUUUUACAGCAUUCCAGCCUGCCCUUUGGGGAGCCUACUCAGCGUUUUGUGGGGGAAUGGAAAAUAGAGGCCACCAAAGGCAUAGCACCCAUCUCAGUGUCCGAGGAUAGGAUGAUGAGCAAAAGUUAUAAUAAUAAGAUUACCUGGUGGACUUAAAUGGUUUUCAUAUUUUCUUGGAAAGAUAUAAUUUGAGCAAUGGCUUUGCAUAGACUCCAGGAACACAAGCACUAAGUAUCUUUUUCAGUGGAAAUUUACUAUGGUCUCUAGCGUAAUACUGUAUACUUCUUUUGGUCAAGAGGACUAACAGAUGUAAAAGAACCUGAAUUACGUGGGAAGUGAUUAUAUUAUAAUCCAGUGAUUACUACCAACGCUUCCUGGAUAAGCUAAAAUUUCGUGAAAAUGCUGGCUAAAGAAAAAUAGGGACUCUGAGAGUGUAGAAAUCUGUAUUCCUGGUCAGAAAGUUGGGCUGCUACCUUCUUUUCCCUUUAGAAAACUGGAUGCUUGAAGAAAAAGUCUUAAUACCAUAACAACAACCUGAUUGGAAAGAAACUUCUAAUUUUGCCAUUAGGCUUAAUGCUCUUCCUUUUGCUUAGCAGAGAAAAUGCUCUUUGCUGGGAGCAGGUUGGGAAGCAGUUUGGCGCAUUCACAGUCGAUCGGGAAGCAUGUGUAGUAUGGACCCCCUUGUCCUCCGGGUUUGUGAGUAGCUGUGGGAAGAGAAUAGACGACAACACUAACCACUAGUAACCAGACAGGGGCAGUUGCAGCGAGAGAGCCGAGCUCCCUUCAGACUGAGUCCGAUGGCUUGUCAGGACUGGCUUUUUGAGGAACCAGGUUCCUUUUCCCACCUGAUGAAAUUGGACCCCUUGGAUUAUUACAGUGGGGUUUACUGUUUGAAAAGUUGCUGGGGGUCCACAGGAACAACAGUCACACGGGGACAUCUGUGAAAGUAAAGCAAGACUGAAACCUUUGCAGACUUCAGACCGGUUGGAUUUCAGUUCAGUGUUUUGGCUGUUUCUCAUUUUAAGGGGCAAGCAGUUGUUAUUAUCCUGUGACUUUAGUAGAUCUCUUUGGGUGUGCACACACACAGUGUGCAGAGGAUAUAUAUGCAAAGCAGAUGGCAAAAAAGAUCUCCAUGCUAGUCUUAAAAGGUUCGUGCUCAGUAUGGUAAAAAGCUUUCAAAACUUGUUUUUAAAAGACAAUCAUUUUUUUGUUUCUAUUUUCAUUUUCUUGUGGCAGACUGUACCAGAAAAGCAGCAUGUCAAAAAUACUUUAUGUUCUGUAUACAACUCUCUCGUUCUUUCUCUUCUCUCUUUCUCCUUUUCUUCCUUCCUUCCUCCCUCCCUUCCUUCCUUUUUUUCUCUCUUUCUUCCUUUCCUUUCCUUUCUUUCUUUCUUUUUUUGUUAUAAAGAUUCAUUAUUUAUUUUACCUUUUGCUGACAAUGUGAAACUCACCUAAAAUGUUCUCUUUUUAAAUAUACAGCUGUAAACUGUUCAAAGUAACCAUAAAAAACUAGGUGUUAUUUAUUAACAUAUUAUAAAAUAAUGUUUGAUGCAGUAUGUGCUUGUCUUAUUUAAAACUGGAAUGUGAGACAUGUUGCUGUGACUUUUUUCUCAUUCACAUUUGUAGAUAUUGUGUGAACUACAGUAUAUAAUGAUAAUAAUUAAAAGGAUAUUAUGUGAAUGUCACAUACAUUUUGAAAUGAUAGAACUAUAUUAGCUUUGUAUCAUGUUUGGAUAAUUCAUCAAUAUUCACAGUUUAAAACAUCAUUAAACAUUAUGUAAUUAGCAAUGAGAAAGAAUCUUACCUAACUUAAAUUUGGGAUGUUCCCUGUCUCUUUUCCGGAUACAUUAUAGUUCUGGACCCCUAUUCAUCUCAAAACUCUUAACAUAUGCAGACCAACAGGUUUUCGCAUUCCUUUUAAAUAUCUGGUUGUGACAGAGCUCGUUGUUGAUCAGAUUCACUGUUUCGUUCAUAUUUAUUGUAAUAUAUUUUUUGUUUUGUAAAUAUGUUACACCAACAAAAUGUGAUUGGUCUAAAAUAUUUGUAAUGUAUAUUAAAA